AUGACAACUAAGAACAUCAACAAUACCCAUCACAUUCCCAAUCAAUCCAUCUCUUCUCAAACUGAUAGAUCCAAUUCUCCUAUACUAGUUUCACCAACUUCACCUCCAUUAGUAGCUUUGACCCCUUCCCACUCUCACUCCAUCCCCGUUCCUGUCCAAGGUAAAAAGUUACAGAAAAGCACCAAGAACAAAACCAAUACCAAGCCAAGUAAAUCUCAUUCUCGAAAAUCCUCUUCAUCCUCUACAGUCAAUUCAGGAACUCGUUUCCCACCAUAUAACACAGGUGGUGAACGACAAUGUACGAAUUGUUCAGAGGUUGAUACACCCCAAUGGAGAGGGACUUUAUGUAAUGCUUGUGCACUUUGGAAGAGAUCUAGGGGGACUGAUAGACCUUUACCACUCUUGUUCCCUGUGAAAAGAAGGAGUCCGACACCGGAAGAAGAGGAGGAAGACCAUCGAUCUGAAGAUGGUGGGAUUUAUCAUAGAGAAUCAAGUCCUACGAUUGUGGGUGUCAAUUUACAAAGGAGGUUUUGGGUAGAUGAACAUAGGGAUAGGUCCACUUCGGAGAAUCCGCUAGGUCGUCAAUUACCUAUCAGAGGUAGGGAUCGAAGUGAGACUGUGAUAAGACCGAGACCAAGAUUGGGUAUGGGUAUAGUAAGAGGAUGUCCAACAGGAGGGGUCAUGGUACAUGGACGUGGACAUGGAAGGACCAUGUCCUAUCAGCCUGUUAUCCAUCAUCAAAGACAAUCAUCUAAUCCAUUCCCCACUUUAAACCUUUCUAUCAUCCCACCUAACUCUGAUAACAACGUACCUCAAACAGGUAGGAUCCAAGGAGUACACUCUACGCCUGUGUCACCCACCCACUCGAACGACGAUGGGCUACCUCCUUCCAACAACAACAACGGUCAACAAGCUGGAAUCGGAGUAGGCUUGCAAAAUCGAAUAGGAGCGUUGAUGUCUCAAGUGAAAGUUGAAGAUAAGCAUAAAAGGAGAAACUCGAUACCUUCCAUCGGAGUUGCCUUUAGAUCGACCUCUUUGCCUGGUAAUCAUUCAGAAAGUUAUCAGGAGAUGGAAGAAGUUCGAUCACCUUACUUACCUUAUUCGUUAGAUAAAAAGGGACAUGGAUCAAAUCAGUCAAGGUUGAAAGCUAUUUUAUCACAAAUGGAAACCCAACAGUUUGAUGCCGAGCAGAAUCAAUUAGGGAACGAGAAUGAGAAUGAGGAUAAAUCGAUUUUGGGAUUGGGCAUAAGUAAGGAUGAAUUCAUGCGGAACGCAGGAUGGUUAUACGAUGUUUUAGAAUCGACUGGUAGACUCUUGCUUCAAAGCCAAGGUCAAGGUGCCACUACAUCGUCUGACGAUCAGAUGGAUAUCGAUGAUGACUCUUCGUCUUCUUCUUGCUCGAGACGCUUGGAAGAAGAAGAAGAUCAUGGUGGGUUGGAUAUUCUAGGUAAACUCGCUGAAGAAGAAUUACAAAAGAAAAAUCCAUGA